AAAAAAUAUGGUGAUCGAAUAGCGGUUCGCUCGCGAUUGUAACGAUUUUUUGACAACGUUGUUCUAUUUUCAUUUGUCUUUUACAGUUGUAAAUCGAAAUAUUACAAUAUUUCCUGAAGCGUUGUCUAUCCACGCGAAGUUUAACAAAUCCAUUCAUUUGUCGACCAAUCAUCUUGCAUUGUUUCAAAAGGUUAUUAAAUUUCACUUGCACUCUUUGUGACAAGAAGGUAUAUCAAAUGAUCGCCAUCAACAUUCUUUACAUUAUAAACGACCCGGAAGUUUUAUAAAAAUUUGUGUGAAAACGUCGCUCGUUUGCUUUCUGUCUGUGUUCAUGCCCAUCCAUAGCUUCGAUUGAAGAUGGGUUGUUGUGAAUCUACGCCACGAGGCGAUACAACGCAGAAAGAGCCGGAAAAGCUCGAGAGAAUUAGCGACAGUAAUGGCAAUGAAACAAGGACGACCGAUGUUGAUGCAGCAAUUCCACCAGAAACACCUAAAGGCGUGAUCGUGUACGUUGCUUUGUACGACUAUGACGCUCGUACAGAGGAAGAUCUAUCAUUCAAGAAAGGUGAUUAUCUUGAAGUAAAGAUUGAAGACUGUAAUUUUGACUGGUGGAUGGCCAAAUCUCGAAAUACUGGUAACACAGGAUAUAUCCCAAACAAUUAUGUAGCCGAAGUAAAAUCAUUGGACGCCGAAGACUGGUAUUUCGGCAAAAUAAAUCGUGCAGAGACGCAGAAAUUGCUAACAGAUGAUAUCAACAAACAUGGGUCAUUCUUGGUCAGAGAAAGCGAAACUGUUCCAAAUACUUUUGCUCUUUCUCUUCGAGAUGGGGAACAAGUUAGGCAUUAUAAAAUCAAGCAGUUAGACAGAGGCGGAUACUUCAUAUCGAAGAAUCACGAAUUUGAUUCACUGCAAAAUCUUGUUGCUUUUUAUCUUCAUGAUGCUGAAGGCCUUUGUUGUAAAUUAUUACAACCUUGUAAAAAGAUCGAUAUGCCUACAACGCGAGGUAUUUCGUCAAAAAAUGCCGACAAGUGGGAGAUUGACAGAAACGAGUUGACGUUCAAGAGACGCCUUGGCGCAGGUAAUUUUGGAGAAGUCUGGGAAGGACUGUGGAAUAACACAGCAAAGGUUGCAAUUAAGACAUUAAAGGAGGGAACAAUGUUGCCCUCCAAGUUCUUAGAAGAAGCCGAGCUAAUGAAGAAAUUAAUUCAUCCAAAAUUGGUUCAGUUGUUUGCCGUCUGUUCUCGAGAAGAACCGAUUUACAUUGUCACUGAGCUCAUGGAAAAUGGUAGUUUACUGGACUAUUUAAGAGGACCAAAAGGAAAGCUGUUGAAAGUCCCAAAACUUAUCGACAUGGCAACACAGGUUGCCCAAGGUAUGGCAUAUCUUGAAAAACAUGGCUACGUACAUCGUGAUCUUGCUGCAAGAAACGUUUUAGUUGGUAAAACUCUUAACGUAAAAGUAGCUGAUUUCGGACUUAGUCGUUCAGUGGUGGAAGACGAGUAUGUGGCUCAUGAAGGAGCCAAGUUUCCUAUCAAAUGGACGGCACCCGAGGCUUGUCUAACAAAUGCGUUUUCAACAAAGUCUGACGUCUGGAGUUUUGGUGUUUUGGUAUCGGAACUUGUUACUUAUGGUCGAAUACCAUACCCGGGGAUGAGUAACCACGAGGUCAUAACGAAAAUUGAGAACGAAGAUUACCGUAUGCCUAAACCCAGCAAUGCACCAAUUAAAUUGUAUAAAGACAUAAUGCUUAAAUGUUGGGCUAAGGAACCUGAUGAUCGUCCAACAUUUGAAACCCUUAGUUGGCAACUUGACGAGUUCUUCAGUGAUGACACUCAAUACAAAGAAGCAGACGAAGUUAAUACAAUAAGAAAUGUUAAUACAUCAAAAAAUGAGCAGCACCAAUUUAUGUUGACGUACUUUAAAUCUGCCAUUGCGAUAAAAAUUUGUUCCAUGCCAAAAUCUUUAGGAAAGAACGGGAAGAAAAAAAAGAAGAGACGACCUGGGCAGGUUGAAAAUGAAACACAAACCGAUCACACAGACACUACGACACAUCAAUUACCUUCAUCUUUACCGACUGGGGAGAAUAAACGUACUUGUCCUUCUGGUUAUCUUUUGUUUGUCGCCCUGUUUGAUUAUGAUGCCAGAACAGCAGAAGAGUUAACUUUUCAAAAGGGCGAUUACUUAGAGGUAAAACCAGAGAAUACAGCUUGCGAAUGGUGGCAAGCUAGAUCUCGUGAAACAAAGAAAGAAGGUUGUAUUCCGAAGAAUUUUGUUGAAGAAGUCAAGACCUUAGAAGAUGAAGACUGGUAUUUUGGUAAAAUAAAUCGCGACGAAACAGAGAAGCUGCUCAAAGCUAACAUCAACAAACAUGGCUCUUUCUUGAUCAGAGAAAGCAAUACAAUAGCAGGUGCUCUCGCUCUUUCUCUUCGAAAUUGCGGAGAAGUGAAACAUUAUACAAUCAAGCAGUCAGCCAGAGGUGGAUAUUUUAUGUGGGAACAUCAAGAAUUUAAUUCACUGCGAAAUCUUGUUGCUUUUCAUCUUCACGAUGCUGAGGACCUUUGUUGUAAAUUAGUUCAACCUUGUAAAACGAUCGACAAGUGGGAGAUUGACAAAAACGAGUUGACAUUCAAGAGAUGCCUUGGCGCAGGAGAUUUUGGAGAGGUCUGGGAAGGACUGUGGAAUAACACAGCAAAGGUUGCAAUUAAGACAUUAAAGGAGAGAACAAUGUUGCCCUCCAAGUUUUUAGAAGAAGCCGAGCUAAUGAAGAAAUUAAGUCAUCCAAAGUUAGUUCAGUUGUUUGCCGUCUGUUCUCGAGAAGAACCGAUUUACAUUGUCACUGAGCUCAUGGAGAAUGGUAGCUUACUGGACUAUUUAAGAGGACCAAAAGGAAAGCUGAUGAAAGUCCCAAAACUUAUCGACAUGGCAACACAGGUUGCCCAAGGUAUGGCAUAUCUUGAAAAACAUGGCUACGUACAUCGUGAUCUUGCUGCAAGAAACGUUUUAGUUGGUAAAACUCUUAAUGUGAAAAUAGCUGAUUUUGGACUCACUCGCUCAGUCGUAAAAAAACCGUACGUUGCCCCAGUAGGAACGAAGUUUCCCAUCAGAUGGACGGCACCAGAGGCUUGCCUAACAAACUUUUCCAUUAAGUCUGACGUCUGGAGUUUUGGUGUUUUGGUAUCGGAACUUGUUACUUAUGGUCGAAAACCAUACCCGAGGAUGAGUAACCACGAGGUCAUAACGAGAAUUGAGAACGAAGAUUACCGUAUGCCUAAACCCAGCAAUGCACCAGAUAAAUUGUAUGAAGACAUAAUGCUGAAAUGCUGGGCUAAGGAACCUGAUGAUCGUCCAACAUUUGAAACCCUUAGUUGGCAACUUGACGAGUUCUUCAGCGAUGAUAGUCAAGAUGAAGAAGUUGAAAAUGAUUGUGCACCAACAACCGCUGAAGAUGUGAUCGUAUGCGUUGCCUUGUAUGACUAUGAAGCUCAAAGAGAGGACCAAUUAUCAUUCAAGAAAGGUGAUUAUCUUGAAGUAAAUAUUGAAGACUGUAAUUUUGACUGGUGGAUGGCCAAAUCUCGAAAUACUGGUGACACAGGAUAUAUCCCAAACAAUUAUGUAGCCGAAGUAAAAUCAUUGGACGCCGAAGAGUGGUAUUUUGGCAAAAUAAAUCGUGAGGAAACAGAGGAACUGCUCAAAGCUGACAUCAACAAACACGGCUCAUUCUUGAUAAGAGAGAGCACUACAAAAGCAAAUUCUCUUGUUCUUUCUCUUCGACAUGGGAAACAAGUGAUACAUUAUAAAAUUUUAAAAUUAUAUGGAGGUGGAUAUUUGAUGUGGAAAGAUCGUGAAUUUUAUUCACUGCAAGAUCUUGUCGCAUUUUAUCAUUAUUCUGAAGGCCUUUGCUGUAAAUUGAUACAACCUUGUAGGAAGACCGUUGGCAUUUCAUACAAUAUGGUUAACAAAUUAGAGAUUGACAGAGAUGCUUUGAAGUUUACAAGGAAACUUGGAGCUGGAAAUUUCGGCGAAGUGUGGCAAGGAGUAUGGAAUGCUACGACACAAGUUGCAAUUAAGUGUUUGCGACCAGGCGCAGUGCAACGUGAGGUAUUCCUAAAGGAGACAGAAAAAAUGACAAAACUAAAUCAUCCAAAGUUUGUUCAGUUAUAUGCAGUGUGUUCACGCGAAGAACCAAUAUAUAUUGUAACAGAACUUAUGACGAAAGGAAGUUUGCUUGAUUAUCUUCAUGGAGAAGGCCGUCAUACCUUAAAUAUGUUUAAAAUGAUGGAGAUAGCUGCACAUGUAGCCGAGGGGAUGGCCUUUCUUGAAUCACGUGGUUUAGUUCAUAGAGAUUUAGCAGCUAGAAAUGUUCUUUUAGGUGAAGGUCUUAUUGUUAAGAUUGCUGAUUUUGGUCUUUCUCGAGUUUUCAAAAAGCAAAUUUAUGAGGCUCAUGAAAAAGAAAGAUUUUUAAAAAAAUUGAUCGCACCGGAAGCUUGUUUUGAAAAUAAAUUUUCCAUAAAGUCAGAUGUUUGGUCGUUUGGCAUUCUGUUGACAGAAAUCGCAACAUUUGGAGACACACCUUAUCCUGCAAUGUCGAAUUCUGAGGUAAUAAAGAAAAUUGCAGAUUCAAACUAUAAGAUGCCAAAACAGCAACAAGCUCCAGAGAAACUCUAUGAUAUUAUGUUACAAUGUUGGUCUGCGUUACCCGAAGAGCGACCAACAUUUAAAGCCCUCAAGUCGCAACUUGAAAAUAUUUUAAAUGACUUUACAUUAAAAAAGAGAGACGCCAUAGAAGUCAGGACUACUGCAUUAAAUCAUGAUAAUUUACUUACUAUGAAAUUAUGAAAUGGUAAUUGGACGUAUUUAUCUUAACUAUAUAUACGUAGUACCUUCUACUAACAUUUGUCAUUGUAUAAUUUUUUAAAUUUACUGAAAUGAGUGCUAAAUAUUAUGACGUUAUCUCACAUUAAA